GACGUGCAGGCCUGCAGUUGGCCGAGAGGAUGCUGAGAAGUCAGUGCUCGGGUUAUUGUUAAGAUUAAAGCAUGGCUGCCUCUGCAUGGAUAGACCUAACAGUUGUGGCAGGAUCAUACGGAACUCUGAAUUUGUCUUAAAGGAGUAAACCCUGUGCCUGUCAGAGAAGGAGACCACCAGACUGCAAAGAUGAAAGUGAAAUGGACAAAAUUAGGAAUGGUCCUCUUUCUGCUUCUCUCCUUUGUAAUGACGGGCUGUUUCAUUUGGCAGUACAGACUUCCCAAAGCAAAACCAGUGGAUAAAAGUUAUGCAAAAGAAGUGAAAGAGGAGAAGAUGUGCCCACGUUUCCCUGAGCCUGUGCCAUUGGAGCACCCGAUACCUGUCCUCAUGGAAGCUUUGGACAAGGUGGAUGCAUUUUUGAGGACCAGCAUUGAUGCCACAAAACUGCCAGCCAUCUCUGCCAUUGUAAUAUUUAAUGAUUCUGUAUUGUGGAAUGGUAACUUUGGCAGAAGGAAUGGAAGUGACCCCACAUCUCCCCCAAUAAAUGAGAACACAAUUUACAGAAUUGCAAGUCUGUCUAAAAUCUUCCCCACCUUGAUGCUGUACAAACUUUGGGAGGAUGGAAAAGUGGGUUCCUUGGAUGACCCCCUGGGGAAGUAUGUUAAGAACUUCACUAUAAAAAACCCUCUAGGGAAAAGAAGGGAUCAUGACCUCAAGUCCACCUCUGACGGCAUGAGCAGUAGAGAGGCUCAAGUCCACAUCUCCUCAGUUACCCUGAGAAGGAUGGCCAGUCAGCUGUCAGGUUUACCCAGGCGGCUCUGGGCAACUACUUUACAGUGGAAGGGCAACACCCAGGCUGCUGUGGAUUUAUUACAAGAUGAUGUUCUCGUGGCUGACCCUGGAACAAAAUGCCACUACAGCAACCUGGCCUUCUCCCUGCUGGCCCACGUGAUGGCGGAGAAGGUAGCGGGGAUGGAUUAUCAGCAAUGGGUGUCUGAAAAUAUCCUGCAGCCGCUGGGAAUGGAGGACACUGGAUUCGAAAUCACCUCUCAAAUAGAGAAACGAAUGGCGAUUGGUGUUUACUCAAGUGGGCAUCCCGCACCCCUCUAUGACCUUGGCUGGUAUAGACCAUCAGGGCAAAUGUACUCCACACCUGCAGACAUGGCCAAACUGGUGAUGAUGCUCCUGGGCGCAUACUACCACCCGGUUCUCCAACCUGACACCCUCAAAACCAUGUUAACUCCUCUGUUUCGCUGUGAAAAUAACUACUUUGCUGAACAAACUGGCACACCAUGGGAGGUCAAUGAACAGUUGGGCUAUGACAUAAUCCGCAAAGAUGGAGAUCUGGAUGGUUAUUCGGCCUCAGUCUCCCUCGUUCCUCGCUUGAAGCUGGGGUUGGUCACCCUAAUGGCUGGAACCAAACCUGAAGAUGAGGAUCUGGUGGCUAAAGCCUACAGUUCACUCAUCCCUGCCAUGGAAAGUGCCUUCAGAGAUGCACCUCGUGUUCUCAUUCCUACUCCGGACCCUGUUCCCUACAUAGGUUACUUUACUUAUAGCAACAUAACGUUCUAUGAGAUCAAUGCAGACGCAGAUGGAGUGCUGUCUCUGGAGCAGUUUGGACCUCAAGUAGACACAAUGGUUCCUAUGAAGUACAGAAUUUUGAAACUCAGUUAUCUGCAGGAUAGGGUGUUCAGGGUAGUGUUUGAGAAGGAGUACCCAUGUCAGCUCAAAGUUAACGCUGCUUCGGUGUCUCUUGAAUCUCAGGAUGGGCAGCUUUUUAACUUUUACAUCUUUAACAAAAAGGGGCUCUCACCAGGUUUUGAUGUCCCAGGGUUAAACACUUAUAAAGUCACACGGAUACAUCGCAAACCAAUUUUCAGUGGUUGAAGAAAUCAUUUGAUCAUGCUUUUGAGUUAAUAAGCUAAAAGGUGCUCUUUAGGAUGAAAGUGUCAAAUUCUGAGGAACUUCAACCUAUGAUUGUGUACAUUUUAAUAAACUUUUGUCUCAAGAUGCUGAAUGUAUAUUUAGAAUACUUUUUUUUAUUUUUUAUUUUGACCAUUUUGAAAAUGGUAAUAGUAUCUCCUGCUGUUGUUUUCCCUUUCUUCAGAGGAAUAUCUAUACACAAUUGACAACCGUCCAUUUAUGUGUGUUUCUAAGAAGCUUGAACUGCGUGUCUUAAUUAAAAGUAAAGUGUGUGCCUUCCCUAAGGAUUUGCACCUGUGCAUCAGUUUCCAAAGUACCCAAUUUUGUGUAACCUUGAUCAGCACAUUGCUGAGUUCAGCUAGAGGUAGUUAAAAGCAUAUUUCAGCUCUAAUACUAAUGUCUUUUUUUCUAAACAUUUUAUUUGUCUUUAAAUGCAAACCAGUGUAAAGGCCCAUUCACAUCAAGGAUGAUAACUAUAAUGAUAACUAUACGGUUUUAAGCAAUUUAAUUGUAUGAGAAAAGGAAAAUCCAUAACACAAAUAAAAUGAUAUUGACACAGAAACAAUAUCAUUGGAAUCACUUUCAGAACUAUU